CCGCACCUGCAUCAUAGCUCGACAACCACGCGCUCCCGCAACAAAGCGCGUCAAUUUCCGCACACGACUCGAGCCAUGUAUUUUCGCCCAUGGCCAGACCGUGUCGAGCAUCAAGCUCGGGAAAUUUCCCACGAAAUUCGGCCUUGAUCCGGAGUAACUGUGGCUGAGACCGCCCGGCUGAAGUAUCGUGAGUUGCCUAUGAUGUCCGACCAGUUGCCGAGGGCUAUAGCUCCCAGCGCCUGCCAAACAAAUAGCACAGAAGUGUGGUCCGCCUGCCCGACUCUACCCACCCUGACUUCAUAACGAUACUGCGCUCCGCUUUUUGCUGGACUCGACCUUGAUAGCUUUUCACCAUCCCUCUCUCCAAACUUCCCCAUUCCCCAUACUCUUUCCCAUCUUCCUUUCCCCGUUGAUACCAACUUGCCAUUGUAGCAUCGCCAUCCCUUACUUUUUCGCAUUGUAGAUUGAACAUUCAGAACAUCUCACAAAAUGGCUUCCAACAGUAACGAGGGAGGCCCAGCGCAGGAGAAGAUCAACACCGACAUCAUCACCCUUACGCGAUUCCUCACCGAGGAGCAGACCAAGUACGCCGAGGCGACGGGAGAUUUCACACUGCUAUGCCACGCACUGCAAUUUGCAUUCAAGAGCAUUGCCUACUACAUCCGGAGAGCGACAUUAAUCAACCUCACCGGUCUCCAAGGCGCGACCAACUCCACAGGUGACGAUCAAAAGAAGCUCGACGUAAUCGGAGAUGAGCUCUUCAUCACCGCCAUGCGCUCCUCAGGUCGCGUGCGCCUCCUGAUCUCUGAAGAGCAAGAAGAAGCGAUUGUCUUCGACGAGUACCCCAACGCGCGUUACGCUGUAGCCUGCGACCCCAUCGACGGUUCCUCCAACCUUGACGCCGGUGUCGCAGUUGGUACAAUUUUCGCGAUAUACAAGCUGCCAGAGGGCGCCAAGGGCACAAAGGAGGACAUGCUUCUACCUGGCACCGAGAUGGUCGCUUCAGGUUUCACCAUGUACGGCGCCUCCGCUCAGCUGGUUCUCACAAUGAAGGGCGGAAACGUCAACGGCUUCACACUCGACACUGCAUUUGGCGAGUUCAUCCUCACACAUCCCGACAUGAGGGUCCCUAAGACCAGGUCCAUCUACUCAGUCAACGAGGGUAACAGCUUGUACUGGGAAGAGCCUGUCAAGGCUUGGUGUGAAAGCCUCAAGAACCCGCAAGAGGGUGGCAAGCCAUACAGCGCGCGUUACAUUGGAUCGAUGGUUGCAGACGCAUACCGAACAUUGUUGUACGGCGGUAUCUUUGCUUACCCCGCGGAUAAGAAGACUCCCAAGGGCAAGUUGCGUAUUCUCUACGAAUGCGCCCCCAUGGCCAUGGUUUUCGAAAACGCUGGCGGUUUAGCAGUAAACAGCAAGAUGGACCGUAUGCUCGAAGUCGUUCCCGAACACAUCCACGACCGAUCGGGUAUCUUCUUGGGUUCAGAAGGCGAAGUCCAAAAGGUUAUCGAUGCGCACAAGAACUACAAGAAAUAGGCGUCCGUGGUUGACUUGGAGCGUAAAAUAGCGUACCAUUGGGCUAUUACUGGCAU